AUGGAUCUCGAUGAGUGGGAAUUACUCCCCAAGAACAGCUUCAAGGAUCUUGAUCUUGAUCAAGACGAGGAUCAUAACGGAGAAAUGAUGAUGGAUUACUUCCUCUGUCCAUCUACUCAAGAUCCUCUCCCCAAAACAGAGUCUCCUCCAAGAUCCAUAGUGGUCCCAACACAUCUCCUCCAAGUUCCCAUAGCUUGGGAGCCCUUGUCGGAUCACGAGAACAAGAAAAUACCCAAUGACCCGGAUCUUGAUCCGGAUUCAAAACAGAGCAUUUUGACGGACUCUGUUUCGUCACCGAGAGUAUCCUUCAAGAAAAUGAAGGAAACCGAAUUUGCCGACAUGAAAAUUGACCCACCAGCGAGGAUCACGAGUCCUCUGCCUCAGAUAGAUGCUGCGAAACCCUCUGAUUCAGAAGAAGGUGAUGACUUGCGAGAGAAGAAAGAAAAUGAUGAUGUGAUUAAUGAUUGUGGUGGUGAGAAGUUGAAUCUAUGGAAGAUUGGUCUUAAUGGGAUUGGAGCAAUUUGUUCUUUUGGUGUUGCAGCUGCUGCUGCUACUGUGUGUGUCUUCUUCCUCGGGCACAACAAUAUCAAAGUUUGUAAGAACAAGAACCAGAUGCUUAGGUUCCCAAUUUACUCCGAUGAUAAUAAUAAGAGUAUGAAGGAAGUUGUGAAUCAUGCAACAAAGCUCAAUGAAGCAAUCUUUGGUAUGAAAGGUGUUCCUGUCGUAAGAGCUCAAAUAUCUUUUGGAGGUUACUACGAUCAUGGACUUUGA